AGGGGUGUUUCAGAAAGCUCAACUCCUUUGGAGAACUCAUCAUGGCCCUGGCUCUGCUGUUCUUGGUACUUCUCAAUUUCUAUGCUGGUGUCCAUUCUCAGGGAAUGUUGACUCAGCCAGAUACAGUGUCUGGGUCCCCAGGACAGAUGGUCACACUCUCCUGCACCAAAAGUGGGGGCGACUGGAGCAACCAUGUGCACUGGUUUCAACAGAAAUCCGGAGGGGUCCCUCGGUAUGUGCAUGGCAAUGGCUACAACAGGGGACCAGGGAUCCCGGAUCGGUUCACGGCAACUGCUUCUGGAAACAUAGGCUCUUUAACCAUCACAAAUGUUCAGGCCGAAGAUGAGGCCGAUUAUUACUGUUUGUGUUGGUUCAGCACAGGCAGCUCGAAAGAAGGAGAAACUUCUGGACAAUUGUUGGUGUGUUUUUGGAAGCCCAACCCCUUUGGAGAGCUCACCAUGGUUCUGGCCCUGCUAUUAUUGGUGCUUCUUAAUUACUAUGCCGGUGUUCAUUCCCAGGGGUUGAUUCAGACGGCUUCAAUGUCUGGGUCCCUGGGACAGACGGCCACACUCUCCUGCACCAAAGGCAGUGGGAACUGGAACAGUGCUGUCUACUGGAUUCAACAGAAAUCUGGAGAGGGCCCUUGCUUUGUCCACUGCAAUGGCUGCAGCAGCAGGGGACCAGGGAUCCCAGAUCGGUUCACGGCAUCCAUUUCUGGAAACACAGGCUCUUUAACCAUCACAAAUCUGCAGGCCGGAGACGAGGCCGAUUAUUACUGUUUGUGUUGGUAUAGCACAGGCAGCUCGUAUCACAGUGGUUCAUUCUCAUGGGGAAAGGGAAGCCUUUUUCCACCUCCCCAAGAUGAGAGAAAAGAGAACUUGAUGGUCAACACAGGAGAUCUUCGGGGGGAUGUGAAGAAGGAAGACCUCCAUGAGACUUAA